UACGCCCUGGAGGCUGCCACCCUCGGUCGUUGCACACUCAGCGCUACAUCCAUAAUAUAUAUACCCCUCCCUCUCCCCCCCUGGCCACAUCCCCUCCACACUUGCCGCCCCGACACGCUGCGAUGCAACAGCCCACUCUCCAGAGCGUCCGCGUCCGCUCCACGCGCGAUGCAUGCCAAAUAUUCUACGCCGUCGCACGCAAUGCCCUCCGUAUGACCACCCACCGCCUCGAUGCGGAAGAGCGCCGAGCAAUCAAGUCAGGCAACGUCUAUGUCUGGGAGGAACGCUGCGCCAACGCGGAAGCCACCGGUAUGGGUAUGGAACGAUGGACUGACGGCAUGGGCUGGGGCCCCAGUCGUGUCAGAGACGACUUUCUGUUCUAUCACCAGCGAGAGAGCGGUCUAAACGAGGAUUCAGGUCCGGCUCGGUGGGCGACCAUGAUGAAGGGCCGCGAGCCUCGCGGCGGAAAGUCGACGCUCGCCCGCUCGGACGCUGAGCGCCUGAUUAAGCAAACAUACAGCGUCCACGUCUCCUUGCCCGAGGACAGGCCGCGAGGAGUCACCCGCAAAUGGCAUCUCACUGCAUACUUCAGCCAGACCACAUUGGAUAGUCUCGGCACCAUUGACGAGAUUCGGAACGUGGGUGAUGUGCCCUCACCUGAAGGUUGGUUCCGAAGUGCCCGUGCGAGCAAGGGCAAACGGGCGGAGACAGGUUCAGGCGACGAGCUCGUCUCCGCUCAAGACCCGUGGGGCCUCGGAUUCCAGCCUUCGCCGAGCCAUGGGAUGUCUCAGUUCCCCGUCGAGCCUGCCUUUGCUACGCAAGGCAUGCAGUUUGUCGGGCCAGCUUCAGUUGGCCAAGGCCAACACCCUGCCUACACCUACGGCCAUCGACAGACGGCUCGCGCCGAUUACCCUCCCGUCGCGGGCACAAGCGUGCAAGCGUACGGCGCCUCACAACCCUCCGCGCGCCCACAUCUGCCAACGUUGCAGGACGCUGGCCUUAAAUCCUACCGAGACCCCUCACCACUCAACUUCACCUCAUCGAACUCCGCAUCUUCCUCGUCGGACUACGACGCCUCCCCACGCCUCCCCUUCGCAUCGCCUCUCACACCACCGCCCGUCAACACGCACCCCAAGGCCGUCGCAACGCACCCAGAGCGAUCUUCAGGCGGACCGCGUGACCUCGUCCCGCUCGACGUGCUGCAGGCUGCCUCGCGCAUACCGCGCGACCCGGUUGACGAGCAGUUCCUACGGAAGCUUUCCAAGUCGCGUAUCCGCAACGCGGACGUGCCGCGCUCGCUCGCUGGCUCGCCCCACGAGCGGCUCGGCGCGCCAGGUUUCGACGGCGACGACAGAAAACCGCGCAUCACCUUGCAAGCGGAGUGGUGAAGGCCGCGGCUGUGCGACUGUCGUCCUCGCCGCGCGCGGGACCCUCAAAAAUCCCCCCUUGUAUAC